UGUACCCAGAAUGACAACAGACCAGGCUGGACCAUGUUGCCUAACAACCUGCCCAGGUCAAGAUAGAGCACUAGUGAGCGUCUGGGACCCCGUGGACUGCAGUGGGCUGAAGGAAAUCCAUCCUUAUGGGUGGAGAACCCCACCCCAGGGAAGGGCUGUGCUGGGAGGCUGCCCGUGCCCUCAGGUGGGGUGAGACUGCUUCUAGUACCUGAAGGACUCUUGUCCCAGAAGCACAGAUUCCUGGCAUUCUCUUGACGGGACAAGACGGGAGAUGGGGGCAGGGUAGAGGGUACAAGCCCCACCUAGGGCAGUGUCCACAGUGGAGAGAGGGGCAGACAGAAUCGGGAGCCUGGGGAGGAAGCACCAUGCCAGCCUGGACAGCAGCGGGAGCCUGGGUGCUGGUUUUUGCUCUGUGGGGAGCUGUGGCUGGUGCUCAGAACAUCACAGCCCGGAUUGGAGAGCCACUUGUGCUAAGCUGUAAGGGGGCCCCUAAGAAGCCACCCCAGCAGCUAGAAUGGAAACUGAACACGGGAAGGACUGAAGCUUGGAAGAUCCUCUCUCCCCAGGGAGGCCCCUGGGACAGCGUGGCUCGAAUCCUCCCCAAUGGCUCCCUCCUCCUUCCCGCUAUCGGAAUUGUCGAUGAGGGGACUUUCCGGUGUCGAGCAACUAACAGGCAGGGAAAGGAGGUCAAGUCCAACUACCGAGUCCGAGUCUACCAGAUUCCUGGGAAGCCAGAAAUUAUGGAUCCCGCCUCUGAACUCACGGCCAGUGUCCCUAAUAAGGUGGGGACAUGUGUAUCUGAGGGAAGCUACCCUGCAGGGACCCUUAGCUGGCACUUGGAUGGGAAACUUUUGACUCCUGAUGGCAAAGCAACAAUUGUGAAGGAAGAGACCAGGAGACACCCCGAGACAGGACUCUUCACACUGCGGUCAGAGCUGACAGUGACCCCAGCCCAAGGAGGAACCACCCAUCCUACCUUCUCCUGCAGCUUCAGCCUGGGUCUUCCCCGGCGCAGACCCCUGAACACAGCCCCCAUCCAGCCCCGAGUCAGGGAGCCUGUGCCUCCAGAGGGCAUUCAGCUGUUGGUUGAGCCUGAAGGUGGAAUAGUCGCCCCUGGUGGGACUGUGACCCUGACCUGUGCCAUCUCUGCCCAGCCUCCUCCUCAGAUCCACUGGAUAAAAGAUGGUGCACCUCUGCCCCUUGCCCCUAGCCCUGUGCUGCUCCUGCCUGACGUAGGGCAUGAGGAUGAGGGCAUCUAUAGCUGCAUGGCCACCCACCCUCACCAUGGAUCUCAGGAAAGCUCUCCUGUCAGCAUCAGGGUCACAGAAACCAGCGAUGAGGGGCCAGCUGAAGGCUCUGUGGGAGGGUCUGGGCUGGGGACGCUAGCCCUGGCCUUGGGGAUCCUGGGAGGCCUGGGAGUAGCCGCCCUGCUUGUCGGGGCCAUCCUGUGGCGAAAACGACAACCCAGACGUGAGGAGAGGAAGGCCCCAGAAAGCCAGGAGGAUGAGGAGGAAUGCGCAGAGCUGAAUCAGUCAGAGGAAGCAGAGAUGCCAGAGAACGGUGCUGGGGGACCCUAAGAGCACCCAGGCUGACCCCAUCUCGCUCCACAGCUCCCCAACGUACGAUCCCAAUCGACCUCGAGCCUCUUUCUUCUCCAACCAGAGCCCACAUGACCCAUGCUGAGUAAACACCUGACACACGU